UGGAAACACCUUUUGUUACUCGUUAAUCCUUCCUUUGUACUUAUGGCCGCUGAAAUAAGGGUCCCUGAGGGCUGAAUAAUGAUGUAAUUAUGGAGAAUGAGCAGGAAGGGGUGGGAACAUGUAUUUGCACUUGAGUCAGCCAUGGUCUAACUUUAUUGGGAAGCUUGAUAGAAAGUUACUUAUCUUUUGAGUCAUACCUUUUGAACUUUGAGUCCAAAUGGCUUGGCUUGCUAAUGACCAGGUGGUGAAUGUAGAGUGAGACAUUGCCAUAUUCUUACAUCAUUGGGAUUUAUUAGAGGAAAUGUAAUGCCAAAGGUUGUAGCAGACUAGCAGUGAUCUCAUCAUUUCCUUUUGAAGCAGCAGGGAGGACAGCAGAAACAUGAGAACACAGAGACAGAAAGGAGGAGGAGCGUAUACACCUAUUACGUCAUUUAUUAGUCUCAAGAACAGAUUUAUUGUCCUCUGGAGAAUCACUGCUAGGGUGUGUAUAUAUGCCAGUGUGUGUAUGUUGGGCUGGACUCACAAGAGAAAGAGAGAGAAAGCUGACAAGAGAGGAUAUCUUCUACAACUGCUCAACCAACAUGUCUCAGCCAGGGCAGGAAGAAGAUGAAAUGCAGCGUCCUGAGAUGAGCGAAGAGGAUUUGAAUGAAACAAUAAACAAACUUGGCAGAAGUGGGCCGGCGAAGAGCAAGACGACUGAAGUUAUGCAGGAGUGCGAGAAAGUUGGUAAAGCAGCUCCCUCUGUGUUCAGUGGAGCAAGGGCAGGAACGGAGACUGUUCUCAACGCACGCGCAGGUCCACCAAUAAUCAGGAAGAAGCAGUAGGCUCCCUGACCAUGAUUGGACAACACAUGUUUGGAAUCUGUUGGUUUUCCAGCUGUGCUUUAGGCCACUAAAAGCCUCGGUAAAAGCCUCUUUUUUUGGUGUUCUUCAAUAUUCUAAAGCCUGUGUUAAACACUUAAUUAUGUUUGGUUAUGAAAUGUGUAUUAUAGCGAUAGUUAACUUCUUCAGUUGUUCAAUAUUUCUACCUGAACUAAUGAGAAAGCUAACACAUUUUCAGCGUGUUUCUUUGUAUAAACCAGACAUAAAGGAAGAUUCUACUGGGUGGUCUUCUACUCAUUUAAAAAAAGAAAUAAGAUUAGUAAGAAAAAGUUGUGUUUUCCUAGGGACACACAGUGGCGGGUCUGGCGAGCUAAAUGCUAACAUUUGCUCUGAUGACUUCAGAUCUGUCGAAUUACUACAAUCCUUCAUGUUAAAAAUAUAAAGUUAAAAGACUAAGAGCAAAGAAGUAUUUUGUCAAAAGAUAAAUAAAUAGAUUUUUAAAAAUGUAAUAUGAGCCAAUAGAAAUACACAACUCAACAUAUAACAACGGUACUGUCAUUUGUAUUAUAUUUAAACAAAUACAUUGAAAAACUUGUUCCAAUAUACUGGUGUUUUCUUUAAUUAUUGCAGUUUUUGUCACAAAGCAUUUAUCUACAGGGUAAUAAUGAGAAAUAGGAGAGAAACGGCAAGACUUUUUUUGGAAAUCUGUUGUGACAAGACUUCCCAUUCCGUCUCACCCAUUCUACUUUUCAUUGUCAGAAGUACCAGCAAUAUUAUAAUUGUCCAUUGAUGUAAUAAACCGUUAAAAAAAUAUAAA